GUAUCCUCCAAAGUUUCCCCCGGGUUUCCGACCUCCGUACCUGCGCAAUUCCCUCCCUACCAACCCCUCCUCCAUUCGGAACCCCAACAACCCCAGUACGUCAUCGUUUUACCGCGCUCCCCUCGCCGCCGCCGUUCCUUCUUCGAUCGGAACUGCUUCUUCUGCUCCGCCGUCAUCAUUCUCCUUGCAGUUUCCGUAUUCCUCCUAUGGCCCUCGAAUCCAGAAAUCUCGGUUUCCCGCCUCCAUCUUCGAGGCUUCAAAGUCCACCUAAUCCCGCCUUCCUUCGACAUAACCCUACAGCUCACUCUGAAAGUCCGCAACAGAGACUUCUACUCCAUCGAUUAUAAGUCUUUGGUCGUAUGGAUCGGCUACAAGGGAAAGAUGCUGGGUAACGUCACGUCGGAUGAUGGGCACCUCAAAGCCAGAGCCUCUUCGUACGUCAACGCCACGCUUGACCUCCAAGGAGUUGAGAUCUUCAGCGAUGUGAUUUCGCUAAUCGAGGGCGUUGCCAAAGGUUCUAUUACUUUAGACACGGUUACUCAGAUUAAUGGCCAACUCGGACUUUUCUCCUUUGAUAUCCCUCUGCAGGGAAACGUGUCAUGUGAGAUUGUUGUAGAUACAAAUAACCAAACAAUUUCUCACCAAAAUUGCUACCCUGAGUAAUAACCUGUUGAGGGAGACCCGCUUGGUAUUAUAUCUAAUGAAAGGGACGGUCUGUAAAGCACAAAAUGCUAUAAGGAGUUGAUGUAUGGGUGUUUGACAAGUCGAUACAUGCAACAAGCUGUGACACAUACCUCUUAAAAGUAACAUUCUUUGCACUUCUUUCGAUUUUGAUAUGAUGUAGGUCUGCCCUUGUCCAGACUCGCAUUCACAUACAAGUGUCCGUGGCCAUGUGGGUGCUUCGCGGAAUUUGGGAUGUUAACAUUUGGGGAUUAUUGUGACUUUAUUGUCCCGACUGUAGCUUGUACAUAAGCUUGUUUAUACCUUCAACUCUUCGAUACCUCUUUAUUUUCUUUUCCUUUGGUGUGUAUAAUAAUAUAGUAUUGUUAGGGUUGGGGUGCUCUUUUGCUGAUAGAAUGUAGUAUAUUAUAGAUUUAUACUACGUAGUUAAUAUGAUGAAAGAUGAAAAACUAUGUAACUAAAGUCAGCCGGCCGUAGAAUCUCUUCAUUUAAUUCAACUAUGUAACUGUGAAGAAACGGUGGUGGUGCUCUUUUGCUCAUGCCAAGGAAAAACGUUAUGGGGCUCAAUCUCUCUUCGCCCCGUCAAUGUGUUAAAGUUGUUUUUGAAAUUAAGUUGUUGUUAUAACUUCCACAAUAAUUAAAGUUGAAAUUAAAGUUCUCCUUCACUGUA